GCAUUUAUUUAGUGAUCUUGGUCACUGAGAAUCUCUAAUGCUCAUCCCCAGCCCGUGGCUUCUGCAAUGCGGUAGGUGUGGUGAGAUAGUAAAUUGGAGAUCUGGACCUCUGCAGUGCCAGUGCUCCGUGUCUCCAGCUUGGCAUCUUCACUUCUAAACCUAUAAAGUCACUGGCAGCGUCUUCCUAGCUGCUCUUCUCGGGACCUCAGUUUGGGGGGAAGCAAAUCUGAAAAUCAAUCAUGACUACAGAAACAGGUCCCGAUUCUGAAUCAAAGCAAGAUCAGGAGAAAGAUCAGCGCGACGGAGCUCAACAGCCUGAAGCUCCUGGAGCCCAACAAGGACAGCAAGCUGGUGAAGAACAGCAGAACGCAGCAGAACAUUUCCCAGCUGCUGCAGCACACAGUACACCUCUAAAAAGCGAAAAGAACGGUGACAAAGACUGGGAUAAAGAGGCUGCAAUAGCAAAACAGCUUGAAUAUCAGCAACUUGAAGACGACAAAGUCUCCCAAAAAUCAGCUUCUAGUAAACUUUCCAAGUCUCCUCUGAAAGCUGUGAAAAGAGCUAAAAUGCAGGCUAAAGUCACCCUCCUUGAUGGGUCUGAAUAUACAUGUGAGGUGGAGAAACGUGCAAGAGGCCAGAUUCUCUUGGACAGAGUGUGUGAACAUUUAAACCUUUUGGAAAAAGACUACUUCGGACUAACCUACAAAGACUCUGAGAGUCAAAAGAAUUGGCUGGACCCGGCUAAAGAAAUCAAGAAGCAAAUUCGAAAUGGCGCUUGGCAGUUUUCAUUUAACGUUAAAUUCUACCCACCCGAUCCUUCUCAGCUCUCAGAAGACAUAACCAGGUAUUACCUCUGCCUGCAAUUACGAGACGACAUUGUAUAUGGACGACUCCCUUGUUCAUUUGUAACACUUGCCCUGCUUGGGUCAUACACUGUUCAAUCAGAACUGGGUGACUACGAUCCCGAGGAGUACGGCAGUGACUACGUCAGUGAGUUUCGCUUUGCACAAAACCAGACAAAGGAACUGGAGGACAAAGUAGUUGAGUUGCACAAAAGUUACAGGGGAAUGACACCUGCUGAAGCAGAAAUGCACUUCUUGGAGAAUGCCAAAAAACUUUCCAUGUACGGGGUAGACUUGCAUCAUGCUAAGGAUUCUGAGGGAGUCGAGAUAAUGUUGGGUGUUUGUGCCAGUGGCCUUUUAAUAUACCGUGACCGGCUACGAAUAAACAGAUUUGCCUGGCCAAAAGUUCUGAAGAUUUCAUAUAAAAGGAAUAAUUUUUACAUCAAAAUACGCCCAGGCGAGUUUGAACAGUUUGAGAGCACUAUCGGUUUUAAACUACCAAACCAUCGAGCAGCAAAGCGUUUAUGGAAAGUAUGUGUUGAGCAUCACACUUUCUUUAGAUUGCUGAUGCCAGAGGCACCUCCCAAAAAAUUCCUCACACUGGGUUCCAAGUUUCGUUAUAGUGGCAGGACUCAGGCUCAGACAAGGAGAGCGAGUGCGCUCAUUGAUCGCCCUGCACCCUAUUUUGAACGUUCUUCUAGCAAACGGUAUACAAUGUCACGAAGUUUAGAUGGAGCAUCAGUGAAUGAAAACCAUGACAUGUACCUGAAGGAUUCUAUGUCUGCCACAGAGGUGGGCACCGGCCCAUACAUCACAGGCAAGGGCAUCUCUCAGACCAACUUGAUUACUACGGUAACUCCCGAGAAAAAAGUGGAGGAAGAGAGAGAUGAGGAAGAACAAAAGAAAAAGAAAGUAGAAAUUACCACAACCAUUACUACAAUUCGUCAUGAUACGAAGCCAUCUUGUAUUGAUACAGAGUCAUCUCACUCCUCACCAUGCCCACAUUCCAGCCCCACAACAUUGUCAACUGAGUUGCGCAGGAGAUGUAAGGAGAAGGCUCAAAAAUCAGUAGGAUGUGAGCCAUACCCUCUCACGACUCAGAUGUCGCCUGAGUCCGAAUGGGACUCAGGACAAAAAGGGGUGUUGUACCCAGAUGAACAAGAGGUGGCUGUAAACUAUAAGCAGCAGCCUAGCAAAGACGGCACUCUGUUCUCCUUCUCCUUGCAUCUUCCACAUUCAUUUCCUUCUCUUCUGGAUGAUGAUGGCUACCUUUCCUUUCCUAACAUGUCUGAAACCAACUUCCUGCCUGAAAGCUUGCAAUAUUACCUUCCGAUCCGAUCCCCAUCUCUUGUGCCAUGCUUCCUGUUCAUCUUUUUCUUUCUGCUUUCCGCCUCUUUCUCCGUGCCAUAUGCCCUCACGCUCUCUUUUCCUUUGGCUAUGUGCCUCUGCUACCUGGAGCCCAAGGCGGUCUCCUUGAGUGCCUCACUUGACAAUGACCUGAGUGACAGUUCAGAUGAUGAGACUGACAGUGAACAGACGGAUACUGCUGCUGACGGUGAAACCACUGCUACUGAGUCGGAUCAAGAAGAAGAUACAGAUGUGAAAACUCAGAAUAGUCUCAUUAAGCGAAUACAGGGUGAAAAUGUAUAUGUCAAACAUAGUAAUCUUAUGUUAGAGGAGUUUGACCGGAAACAAGAGGAGUUGAUGAAACACCAAACUAACAUAAGCGAGCUGAAAAGGACAUUUUUGGAAACAGCAGCAGAUACCACCGUUGGCAGUGAAUGGGAAAAAAGGCUUUCUUCUUCUCCUGUGAGACUCGCUGCGAGGCAAGAAGACGCGCCAAUGAUCGAACCACUUGUGCCUGAAGAAAUCAAAGAUGAGAAGGAGAAAUCUGAAAAGUUGGCCAGUUUGGAAAUGACUAGCUAUUCAAUGCUAGAGUCUCAGCCAGGGGACAUAGUGAAGAAGCUUCGGGAAGCAAGAGCCACUAGCCCUGUGGCUACUUCUCAUCAAAUCACUAUGCAGAAAACUAUCCCAACAUCCCCUGAGGGCACAGAGGAUUGGGUUAUUAUAGACAAAGUACCCAUUAAGGUAGUUGAUGGUGAAUCAAAAAGCAUUGUGACUUACAAGGUGACAACUGUGAGCGGGGAGACCCCAGCUGGAACAUAUAAAACCAGUCCUAUUGGCAGCCAGACUCUGGAAGCCUUGAAAAUGGAGAUUAGAGCCAGAGAAGAGGAGAGCAAACAGAAAAUGUAUACAUUAGGAAAGUCGUACGACGCGGUUUCGGGUAAAAUUGUAACUAUGACGAGUAAAGCAAAAGAAGGGGACAAGGUGCUGCAGCCUUCAUCAUUUGAAGUCCUUCAAAAACUGGAAAAGGAUAUUUCUGAAACUGUGAAAAUUAUUCCAGUUACGGGAGAGUAUGAGAUCCUAGAGUCUGUGAGUGAUGAAAAGAGUAAGAAAACACCGGAAGGGCCAGCUAUAAAAAGGAAAAUGUCAGAGUCACUGGCCACCAUCAAAGAGGCAGACUCUCAGCUGGCUAGUCCCAUAGAAGAAAGUCUGAAGAAAGUCCAGGAUAUGGAUGUGGAAAUGAAGUUUAUUGAAAGUGUGAAACUUGAGAAGGGUGGUGGAUAUUCUGAUUAUGAAAUCAUUAAAACAGAUGUCCCCGUUUGGAAGGACAAGAAGCUUUCUGAGUGGAGAUACACAAGAGACCAGCCCUUCACCAUCGCAACUGCCCAUUAUGUCACUGAGUCGGCUGCAUCCAAAGUGGUGACCAAACAAUCCUCUGGUGAAACAAACAUGGAAGGUUCUGAUAUCUACAGUUUAUUAGACUCUACCAGAAAGCCAUCUGAGUUCACAGGAGAGGUUUCUACAACUUCCCAAACCUGGGCUCAGAAAAUGGAGACAAAAACAGAGUGGUCAACCAGUGUCCAAGAGCACGCAGAACAGAAAACGACAGAGAAGGUUGUGCGGGGCAUGGUCAAUGUGGAGGAGAAUCAAGUGGGCAGUAUGCAUGCAAGCAGGGACGCAACCGAGCUGGCCGCGGCUCAGGCAGUGUCAGUUAUUGCUUCUAGCUUAGACGGGGAUGGGUGUUCUGCGCUGACAACAAAGGCUAAUGAAGACAUGGCUGUUGAUGCUUCUGUUUGUUACGUGCAAGAGGAGGAGCAUGGCGCAGAGAUUCAUGAUUCAGAGACAUUGGAUGGCAAGCCUGUCACCGAGUCACCUGUUGUGAAAACAGAGAUCAUCACCUUUGGUACCAUCUCAGAAGGAGAGAAGCCAGAUACCUCCACCAAGGACGUUCCUGUAGUACACACAGAAACAAAAACCAUAACCUACGAAUCAUCUGAGACGGGCUCCCGUGUAGACACAGAUCCCGGCGUAUUAAUGAGUGCUCAGACCAUUACGUCAGAAACUCUUGGCACCACGACUACCACACAUAUCACCAAGACUGUGAAAGGGGGCAUUUCUGAAACCAGAAUCGAAAAGCGAAUAGUGAUUACAGGGGAUGCAGACAUUGACCACGAUCAGGCGCUGGCUCAGGCAAUUAAAGAGGCCAAAGAGCAGCACCCUGACAUGUCAGUGACCAAAGUAGUGGUACAUAAAGAAACAGAAAUCACACCUGAAGAUGGGGAGGACUGACCACAGCAAGAAUAACAACGCUUGGAAAUUAGCUGUCAUGUAAAGAGGAAUCUGAAAGCCUAUGCGGAAUGACAGGCCCAACUUGGCUGACUUCUGUCCUUGGGAAAUUCCAGUCCAGAAGGAUUUAGCUUGAUCAUUUAUAAAGAGACCGACCGACAUGUUUUCCCAUUGAAAGCAAUGCAAUUCAGCAUAAUUAAAUCAGUAUUGCAUGAAGCAACUUUAAAAACAAGGCAGCAUUCUUAUUUUCCUUGUCUAAGUUUCCGGCUAUACCUGCACGUUCACACAUGACAAUACUAUAAGCAGUCAACCUAUUGUAGAGCUUAAACAGUCCAUGCCUUUAUCCUUAAAUUCUCAACAGAACGCCAUUUCGUUUGGUGACAAGCCUUUGUUUACAAAAAAAAAACGCAAACAAAUUGAAGAAUACCCUAAAAUGCCCAGAUGCUUUAUGGGUACCAUGUAUGUUUUACCAUACCUUAUAUGUGCCAAGAACUCACUUUACUCAGUGCACCACUUGAAUAUUGUAUCGUUUUAUCUGGUUUUAUUAUCAUGACCCGAUAAAAUAAAAAAAUAAAAAAGGAUGACUCCUUAAGUCUUGUGAAACUAUUUAAAUGCUGAUAAAGUGCAGUUUGUACAUCCGAUUUUAAUAACACGAGGUGGUAAUUACUUUAGUAUUUUAACUUGGAAUCAAUAUUUUGUUUGUUUUUGUUAGCAUUGUUGAACUGGAUCCAGCCGACGUGAAGUUAGCACAUACAAAAAUUAGAUGUUACAUUAUAUAUGUCUUUUUGGAAAGAGCACUCGUGUUCCUAUAGUUUAACAAUUCUCAUCAUAGUUACUUUAGCAUAGUCCAGUUAAUUGUUUUUUUCCUUUUGAGCCUAAAUGUUUCAUUUCAGAAUCUGCUCUACAUCUCUUUCCUAGUUGAGAGCCAAGCCUUAACCUGUACAAAAUUCCAGUAUAUACAUAUAUAAAUAUAUAUUGUCCCAAGUUCUGCUAAUAAUUCACAUCCUGGGCAUCUUUUUCAUCACAUCGUCAGCUGCAUCACAACACAUGGUGAAUGUUUGUUUCUGCAUAGUGAAAUUAAAGACAAAUGUGAUAAAUGCAUUAAAAUGUAUUGUCCUUGUUGGGAAAAAAAAAAUUAAAAAAAAAACACAAUAAUCUGCUUUUCUAAUUUGCACCAGCCAUGGUUUCCUAUCCAAGCAAAUCAUGAAAUUAAAUAAUAAAAUAUAUAUAUAUUGAAA